CGGGGAGAGGAGGGAGCGAUGCUUGUCUGCAAGCAGCAGCGGCUGGCAGAACGGGCCUGGAGGCGGGCCAGGGCGCAAUGGAGGCAGGGGGCUCCCCAGGUUUGGAACAAAGACCUCUCAGGCAGGUCCCCUGAGCCUGGGCCGGCAGGAUGGUGGUGGAGCGAGAGAGAGGCCACAGGCAGGAUGGCUGGUGCUGAACGGAGCCGGAGGUGACUUUGGGGCCCCCAGCGGCAGCCCUGUCUCCCAAAGAUGAAGUGGCCCAGGUGAAGCCCUGGCCAUGCCCGAUGGCCAGCUCGGGGACUGAGAUCCGCUGGGCUGAACCUGGACUGGGGAAGGGGCCCCGGCCCCGGCGGCGGCGCUGGGCCUGGGUGGAGGAGAAGGAUGCAGAUAGAAGGGGUGUGCAAGGCUGGGGGGAAGAGGGGCCUUUUCCCGAUGCCACCAGCCCCGAGCUCCUGGAGGACUUCCGCCUGGCCCAGCGGUGCCUGCUGCCCCCGGAGUGGGACCCACACCUGCAGCCUGAGGGACAUCAGGACCCUGAGUCAGGGGCGUCUUCGGGAGAAGAGAUUGAAGCAGAAGAUGUGGACAGCCCAGAAGGUUCCAGCUUGCUUCUCAGCUGGCUCCCCCAGCAGGAGCAGCACUUAGACAUGACUGAAGAGGAGCGAGAUGGGGUCCUCGGAAGUCCUGAGGUUGAGGACGCUGGAGGGAGCUCCCCAGAGAUGGGCUGUGAGGCUGGUGACAGCUCGGAGCACAAUGGGAACACCAGCCCUGUGGUCCUGGGGCAGGGGCAGGCCAGAGGCUGGGUGACCUCCAGUAACCAGGCCAGUGGAGACAAACCUUCAGAACAUUCUGAGGUCAACCCGGUCGUUGAACUCAGCUCAUCAAGGUCCUGGAGCAGUGGGACUGUGAGCCUCGGCCACGCUAGUGACAGCCUGGACUCCACCUCGGAAGGAGAGACCGACGUCCCCCAGCCCAGUGCCCUGGCAGAAACCUUGCCACAGGGCGCCGGCCACCACCUCCUCAACCCAGACGACAGAACUGCAGGCUGUGUUGCUUGGGCAACCCCCACAGAAUUCCAGGACCCCUUAACACCCCCAGCCCAGAACCCCCGGGAUCCCACUGAUAGAUGGAGGAAAGGAACCGCCAGCCUCUCCUGCCCUCAGCCCGAGGACCAAACCUGGAAACAGACAAAGACGUCACCUAAGCCACCCCCUUCCCGAUUCACUGGCUCCACCAGCCCCUUGAAUCCCGGGCCUAGGCCAGUUCAGCAGGGCAGGCCACCGCUCACACAGGGGGCCACUCUGGCUGGCCGCUCCUCUUCUGAUGCCUCCAAGUACGGCCGGGGUCGGCUGAACUACCCACUCCCUGAUUUCUCCAAGGUGGGGCCCCGGGUGAGGUUCCCCAAAGAUGAAAGCUACCGCCCCCCCAAGUCCCGGAGCCACAACGGGCAGCCUCAGGGCCCUGCCAGGCCCCUCAUCUUCAAGUCACCAGCCGAGAUUGUGCAGGAGGUGCUGUUGAGCAGCGGAGAAGCAUCCCUGCAGAGGGACACGCCUGCUGCCCACGCUGGCACCAGGGUACCCCAAGAGUUUCAGACGCCUGAACAGGCCACUGAGCUGGUCCAUCAGCUCCAGGAAGACUACCACCGGCUCCUCACCAAGUACGCGGAGGCCGAGAACACCAUCGACCAGCUGCGCCUGGGGGCCAAGGUGACCCUGUACUCGGACCCACCCCGGCCCAGCCGCAGCUUCCACUCGGGGACGGUGCCCCAGGGGACCCAGGUCUUGUCCUUCACCAUCCCGCAGCCCCGCUCAGCGCAGCGGUGGCCGGGCCCCGCCGAGGACCCCCAGGCCUCCGAGGCCUCAGGGUGGCCAGCGGCUCGAGGAGACCUGAGCCCCUCCUCGCCCACCUGCGUGCCCGCCCCAGGGUGGCUCUCGGAGCACCAAGGCAAUGCCAAGGACCAGCCCUCGGCGGGACGGGGCCAGGUGCUGGCCUCACAGGCCAGCCGGUUCCUGGCCAAGGUGGAGUCCUUUGAACGGCUGUUGCGGGCAGGACGGCUCUCGGCCCGGGACCAGCUCAAGGGUUUCCAGCGGCUGAAGGCUGCCCACGCGGCCCUAGAGGAGCAGUACCUGAAGGCCUGCCGGGAGCAGCGCCCUGCCCAGCAGCUCAGCAGCUCCACGGGGCCACCUGGGAAAUUCGAUCCCAGCAGGGAGCUGGAGGCAGAAAUAUUCCAUCUGGGGAUCUGCCUGGAAGAGCUGAAGGACCACAUGGACCAGACCCUGCAAGAGCCUGAGCCGCCCUGGUCGGCCCCAGCCCCGGACGGCAGCCCGGCCGUGCCCUCCGCCCCCCAGCCAGCAUGUCUACCGGCCUCCCCAGAACAAGCCCCCACGCCAGCCGUCAGGACCCUCCACCCCGAGCCUGACGCUGCCGCCGCUGGCACCUGCCCGUUGCACGUGAACGUGGAGGCGAGCUCUGGCAGCAGGGAGGUGGAGGACGGGCCUCGGGACCUCCCAGCCCCACUCAGGCACAAGGAGCUGCAGAUGGAGCAGGAUUUCCACGGCCUCCUGGAGCGGUACCUCAGCGUGAAGUCUCUCCCAGAAUCCAUGAGGAUGGGGGAGGAGGAGGAGGAGGAGGAGGAAGAGGAGGAGGUUGAUGGACCAGCUCCAGCUCCAGGGAAAGCAGAGGCCACCAGGGUCCCCCCAAGGCAGCACCUGACACAGGCUGAGAAAAGUCACAGUGCCCCGCUCGAGGAGACCGUGGAGCAGAUGGUGUCUGUGAAGCCACCAGGCUUGCCGACGGCCCUGGCCAGAGACAGGCACGUGCUGGGCCCAAGACAGACUGAGGCAGCCCCUCCAGGCCCUGACAGGCCAGCCCACCCUCUGGGUAGCAAGUCCGCAGCUUCCCACCAGAGCAGCAUGACCAGCCUAGAGGGCAGUGGCAUUUCUGAGCACCUUCCGCAGAAGUCCCUGCACCAAGCUGGCAGGCCCCACCUGGAGGAGCCCUGGAUGGCAUCUCCGGAGACAGACAGUGGUUUCGUGGGCUCAGAAACCAGCAGAGUGUCACCCGUUACCCAGACCCCAGAGCACCGGCUCUCCCACAUCAGCACCCCAGGAACAUUAGCCCCGCCCUUCACUGCAACUAUACCCCGGGAUGGAGCUUCCUACCCCAAGACCAGGGGUUCUUCGGUCCCCAGAAGAGCCGCUGAGCCCAGCGCACCCAGGAGCCGAACCCAGAGGCCCCUGUCCAGCCAGAGCAGGCCUCUACAGCAGGGGGCGCCCCGCUUCCGCCUGGAGCAGGCCUUGGUGGCCGACAUGGCUGUCCCUGGCUCAGAGUUCAAGGGGCGAAAUCAGACUUCCGAACAGGUGCCCCCCAGCAGGACAAUCAGCCCACCCUCAGCCUCGGCAGCUGCCCCUCUGCCCUGUGGACCGACAGAAGCCACCCCCAGCCUCCUCCUCACCAGAGCGGACCGAGACCAGGCCAUCCGGGAGCUGCAGGCAGAGGUGUCCCGGCUCCGUCUGCGGCUGGAGGACAGUCUGCACCGGCCACCCCGGGGCAGCCCGACGCACCCCGUGUCUGCCUUUGACCACCCCGCCCGGACCCAGGACCGGCCGAGGGAUUCCUCAGCCACCUGGGGCUCCCACUGUGGCAGUAAAUCCACAGAGAGAUUGUCUGGUGAGCCUGGAGGCGAAGAGCAGACUGUCUCCGCAGGAAGGCAGCGGGCCAGGUCCUCCUCAGUGCCUCGGGAGGUGCCCCGGCCGUCCCUGAGUUCGGAGUCUGAGCUGCCCUCCCUCCGGCUGUUCUCCGAGAAGAGCAGGACCAGCGAGGAGAGCCUGAGGACAGCUCAGGAUGGGAAGAGAGGGGUGGGCGGCGCCAGACGGCCAGAUAGGGUCACCUUCCGGGGCCAGUACACAGGCCAGGAGUACCAUGUUCCAGCCCCGAAGACUGUCCCAAAAGGCAACGGCACAGUCUCCUGUCCCCACUGCCAGCCCACGAGGACCCCGGAUACAGGCGCUGCUGUCUGAAGCCACCCUCCUUGAUUUCAGAAGUUCCUGCAGGGGCGCGACAGGUGGGCUCCUGGCAGCAGGGGAGCGGCCGCAGUGACUGCAUCUUAUCUCCCCUCCACCCUCUGUUCACUCCUCAUCCUUCCCUGCGAACCUUGCAGGGAGACAGCAAUGGUGGGGACAGCAAUGGCCUGAGAAUCUGGGCACCACAUUCCACUCCAAGUUCUGCCCUGAUUCGCUGUGUGACAUUAGGCCAAUUCCUUGACUUCUCUGAGCCUCAGGUUCCACAUCCUUAAUGAAGGGGUUAGAGCAGAUGGCUUCUGAGGCCUUUCCAGGCAGUGGUGAUGACUGAUGAUGAUGAGCUGUCAUUUAGUAAGCCCCUACUGUAUAGAAGGCAUCAUGCUAAGGGUUUUACAUGCAUUAAUCCUCACAGUUCUAUGAAGUAAUUACUAUAGUAUUGUUGUGUCCAUUUUAUAGGUGAGGACACUGAGGCAGGACACUUGCCCAAGGGCACACAGCUUACAAGUGGUAGAGCUAGGAUUUGAACCCAGGUCUUUGUAACUCCAAGCCCCAGCUCUUUACCACUGUGUUGCCCUGCCUUUGCUAGAGUUGGAGUCCUGACAGGCCUCUCCAUUCAUUCAUUCAUUCAUUCAUUCAUGCAUGCAGCCCCCACCUAUACUGGGGCCUAGGCCCUGUCCCCAAGGAACACUUAACAAAGCAGGGUGGUGAGAGCUGGGAUGGGGGAGC